UGACAGUCUUUGCAGGUUGGCGGAGCCCAUGGCCGACUGUGUUUGUAUAGAUGAUAGAUGAUGGAAAGGUCCCUGAGAAUGGCGGCGGCCUCUUCUAGUUUCCAGGCCGCGGCGCCGCAAGCUAUCGAAACCGGCCUCCGGGAGACCUUGGCGCGGCCCAACGCCCGCUCCGAGGGCGCGGAGGCCGCCUCGCGGCUGCGGGGGAUCCUCGGGCACACCAAGUCCGAGGGCGCCAAGUCCGACGGCGAGCCGUUCUUGCCCAUCAAGUCUUACAAGAGCUUCUUCAGCAGCCGAAGCGAAAAUUCGAUCCGAGCCAAGCGCAAGGACGUUUUGCGGGCCUACCUAGGCAUCAAGAAGUUCUGGAGCACUGGAUGCUGCUGCCUGAUGAUUGCCAGCGUGGUCCUCGCCGGGCUCUGCGUGGCCUGGCGGGUGGCGGCUCAAGUGCACUACCUCAGCCAGGCCGCCGCUGAGGUGGAGAUGCCUGUUGAGGCCCUGGAGAAAUCCGACUUCUUCCCCCUGGGCUGCUACCCUUUGGUGGCUGGCGACGCUUCUGGGGACGGCAACGGCGAAGUGCGCGAUGAGGCCUGCCGCGCCAACGACGCGCCGGGUGCAGCCCACUGCCGGAGCGGCGUGCCCUUCUUCCGGUUUGACUUUGGACGCGUGGUGUCCUGGCGCUUUUGCGCCAAGCUCUGUCUUAUGAAAGGUAUGGACAUUUCCGCACUGGUGGAUGCCAAAGAGUGCCGUUGUGGCGCAUCCGAGCGGAAUUUGCAGGUGUGGCAGGAAGGCGUGGUGCCUGAGCGCCUCCAAUUCCAGCCCCUCCGUGCGGCGGUGGCGCCAAACAGUUCCCAGUGCCGCCUGCUGGCUGCGCGCUGGGGUGGGGCCUUGCCCCCUGAGCGGACGGAUCUGGGCGAAUCGGACCUGGAGUACAUUAGGAGCUUGGUGAACAGCGCGCCGGUGGAGUCCAUGGAGCGCCUGCCGCUCCAAAGGAGUUCCAGGAGCAACGUGCCGGUGGCUGGUUUGGCGGGGGUGGAUUGGGUGCAGGUGGCGGCAAACAGCACCUGCUUCCCCGGGCGCUGCUCCACUGGCUGGCCCUGGCCCAUUUGGGCGGAAUAUUCGAAUGGAAUCCCUUACGCUUAUGACGAGACUGUGACGCAGCCCACGAAGGUGUCGGUGAGAAGCGCCAUGUCCCACCUGUCGAAGAUGAUCUGCGUGCAGUUCCAGGAGGUGCCCUUGAGCUAUUCGGCCAUGUACAAGGUCGUGGUCACCGUCAAGGACCCCGGGCCCUGCUAUGCCAGCAUCAUUGGCUACCCCGGCUUGCGGCGCCAAGACUCGGUGCUGAACCUGGCCUCCUGCUCUCAGAACAUGGGGGUGAUCCUCCAUGAGCUGGGGCACGUCCUGGGCAUGUCCCACGAGCAGGCCCGCCAGGAUCGGGAUAACCACGUGGUCGUCAACUGGGCAAACGUGGACAAGGGCUACACCGAGCAGUUCUAUCGCUCUGACAAGUCCUACAUUGGCUCCAGGGAGGCGGGCUAUGUGCCCUAUGACUUCGACUCGGUGAUGCACUACAAGGCCAACGCUGCGUUGCAUAGCCUCCCCGUGCAGAACGGCCAGGGCAUCCACGACAAGCGUCUGGGGCAGCGCAACGACUUCUCCCCACUGGACGUGGUUCAGCUCCGCGACAUGUACAAGUGCAAUGGCCUCUAUGGAAAGGACCUUUGCGUCGACCAGGAGGAGGAGGUGGCCCGGAACUUCGAGGUCUUCGGAGAGCCCGCGAGCUGCGAGGUGCUGAAGGUUUUGUGCAACGACGCGGGCUACGUGCAGACGGUGGCCUACCUUUGUGCCAAGACCUGCGAUGCGUGCGUGGACGAGGCGAACAUUCGGGCGGCGGUCAGCGCCUUCAACGCUUCGAGCGGGGGGUGCGUGGACACGGACCCCGCGGUGUGCGGGUUUUUGGAGGACUUCUGCCCGGGCCGCGUGGCCGGUAUGGAGGAGUACAUGACCCGGCACUGCCGCCAGACCUGCUGCCUGCCCGAGGUCUGCAGCAACUGCGCGGAAAAGUCGACCAAGGAGAACGCUGAAACUCCGGAGGGCGCAGAGGUGGUGUCUAUGACGGUGACCUUUAGCUCGGUGAACUUUGAAAGCGCCAAGCAGCUGGAGAAGAAGCUGCGGCUGCACUACGCGGCGUCUCUGGGCGCGACAUCGGUAAAGCUGCUGCAAGCGCCCAGCUGCCGAGAGGGCCUCUGCUCCAACGGCAAGGUCUCGGUGAACAAAGUCUGCGGCUGUCAGGAGAUCGGCCCGUGCUCAGAGAGCUGCGCAGCCCUGCGCCUGCAGUGGGUGUUGUUGGAGCCCAAGAAGCUGACGCAAGACUUUGCGGCCUCAGGGGAGCUAGAGACGAUCCAGAGUGUGGAGGUGGACGUGCCGCUAAGCUUCGCCAACUUCUCGGCGCUGGCCAUGAAGUACAGGGGCUUCAAGUACCUGGCGGCGGGUCUCUUCGCCUGCGCGCUGCUGGCUGUCGUCAUCGCCUGCGUCUUGCACCGCUGGUGGACCACCCGCUUCCAGAUGGCGGAGCAAGGCGUCGCCCUCACACCCACCGCCCAAGAGACCAAGAUCCUCUUCCAUGGUGAGGAUGGAGACAGGAAGGAGACAAGGAUCUCGCCGGAAGACCUGCAGGUUCUCAUAGACAUGACACACCAGGACUCGUGGCUGGAGCAGAACUGGUUCCUAGGGCAGAGGAGAAAGGUCUUCCUGCUGGUCUUCUGCGUCUUGCUGGCUCUGCUUUGCGCCGCCUUCAUGAUCUACGUGGACAUGGUCCAGGCCCCCGAGGAGUUGGUUCAGGAGUCAGUGCUUCCCUUGAAGGACAAUACCGUGUCCUUCCAGUACGUGGGCUGCUUUCCGGUUCGUCGCGCAGCGGGCAACGAGCUCUAUGACACGGGCUGCAUGCAGAGGGGGGAUGCCGCGUGCCUCCACGGGCUUCCCUUCUACCGCCUGCAGCACAGCGACCCCGCGGGCUGCGCGGAGUUCUGCCUCGGGAAGGGCCUCGACAUCAGUGGCCUCGUGGACGGCGCCGAGUGCCGCUGCGGGGCCUCCGCGAAGAACGGGAUUUGGGAUCUCUGGAACAAGCUUGGCGCCAGUCGCCCUGACUUGGUGUGGUCUGCGGAGGGGGCGGUGGCCGAUAGCAGCCCUCUGUGCCGCACGGACGUCUCGAAGCUCGUGGGAGUUGGCGAUCUGUGGAGCACGCUGAAUGCGAAUCGGGACCUCUACGAGAUGGACCUGCGGUACCUCGCCGGCUUUAUGAGGGGCCAAAAGGUGCCCCCGCCUGCGGUGCCGGUGGCGGUGCUGGCGGCGCCGCCGGCAAAAGGUGGGCUGCCGAGCUGUGCGCAGUCCUGCACGGCAGGAAGAAGGUGGCCUGACAAGGCGGUGCCCUUCUUCUUCUCCGUGGGCCUCUCGGAGGACGCCGCGGCGGUCUUCAGCGCGGCUUCGGAGGCCAUCUCGAGGAGCACCUGCGUGAGCUUCCACCAGGUGCUCAGUCCGCAGGGUGCGCUGCGGGUGAAAGAGGGCCAGGGCUGCUGGGGUAGCCUGGGCUGGACGGAAGGAGGUGCAGACCUGGAGCUGGGCUGGUGCGGCUCUUUGUGGGCCAUCGGAGCGGUGCUGCACGAGCUGGGGCACGUGCUGGGCCUGGCCAACGAGGAGCAAAGAAGCGACCGGGACUUCUUCGUGACGGGCGCGUCCGACGCUUCCGCCGCGGCGCUGCCGCCCGAGGCGGAGGCCGCGUUUCGGGGCUCCGCGGAGCUGGGGCCCGCGGACUACGACUUCGGCUCUAUCAUGCACGGGGGCAGCGUGACCUCCCUCCCGCUGGAGGGGAAUCGGGGUGUGCACGACCCGCACGUAGGACAGCGGAACCGCUUGUCCGCCGGGGACAUCCUCAAGCUGCAGGAAUCCUACCAGUGCGGCCCGCCCGCAGCGCAGAUCAAGGAGACCAUGUGCCUUCAGAGCGCCUACCGCUGCCCGGCCAAGUUGGAGGCCCCGAAGCCUGGCAUGGAGGCGUGGAUGGCGGAGCACUGCGAGCACACCUGCCGGCAGAGCGAGCAGAGCCGGAGCUUUAAGUUCUGGUUCGAAAUGCCAGGAGACGCCAGCAAGGAGCAGCGACUAGGGCCGGACCUCGCCUAUGCCUUGGCCUACUCCCUGGGAGCCUCCAAUGCCACCGUCGAGGUGGAGCACGGCGAUGAGUUGGUAGCUUCCGCAGAGGUGGACUGUGGGUGCAGCGGCACCAGCGGCCGCCAGUGCCGCAGCUGUGCGUCCCUGGAGGCGCAGCUGCGGUCCGCGUCCAAGGCCAAGGUGGAGGACUGGCUGCAGAGGGGGGGCUUCGGCCUGCUGACGGUGACCUGGUUCGAGGUGCCCGGCCAAGGCUUUUGGACGUGGACCCUGGAGAACAACGAGCUCCAACUUGGCAUCACCAUGGCCGGCUCCGUGUUGGCCUUCUUCGCUAUGAUGCAGGCCUGCUGGUUGACCUGGUGGAAUGCGAACAUGAAGUUGAACCUGGAGGGCGAUUCCAACGAGGACAGCGAGUCCGAGGACUUUAAGCCCUGAGCCCGUCACACGAGCUGAGAGGCGAAAGCCCCCAGCGUGAAGGAAGGUGUUCAGUGCGGAUGGUGGCGAAAUCCUCUCGGCAUCAGAAAUUUCU